CCCUGACCGCCUGACUGACACAUCAGCAGCACAUCCUCACACUCAGGUGUCUGCCGCUCCACCUCCACCACCUUCCUCAGUGCUGGUGGAGAGAGUGGAUGUGGAUUAGAGCGCGGGGGGUACCACUGGCUGCAGAUGAACACCUGCACGUGGUGGAUCGAGGACCUCCUUCCUCUCCUGUAGCGCGACCUCCAGCCUCCAGAAGCUUCACUCCGCUUCACGAGCGAGAGACAGAGAACCAUGAGCUCUCCUCUCCCGAAAAGUGAGUCCACCACCUCUCUGCUCAGAUCUUCGGGACCCCACCGCAGGUCCGGGCAACAUGAUCAUCGGAGGAACCGCACUCAGCAUCAGCAUCCAUCUGGAGCUGGAGGCGGAGGAGAAGCAGGCUGGACUGAGGAGUCUGAGACGAGCGCGCGUAGACCUCUCUGCCAGCCAAGACACGCAGACUCUCGGAAUAUGAGUGACAACCGCGCGCAGAGGAGCCACUCACACCGUCAGCCGAGCCACCUGGAUGACGAUUACGCACAGGAGGAUGUGAGGCACAGGACGAGCCGGCAUCAGAAGGAACGUACCAAGUCCUCCAGGUCUAAACACCCUCAUCAUCAUCAUCAUCACCCCGACUCCUCCAGAGUUGAGCAGCCCCAGCAGGGCGGCUCUAGGCAGCAGGACAGGAGGACCUCUCCAACUCCAUCCUACCAGAAACAGGAGGACGAGGCGGCUCUCUUCUUCGAGCCGAGGGAGAGAGUGAUCACCGGGUCCUCCUCAAGUCUCAGCUCGGACCCUCCUGCGACCAGCGCACCUGUGCAGCCCUCCUCCAGACGCAAAGGCAAGCGAGUGAACGCGACCUUGUCUGAGCAUGACGCCAGUCUGCACCCUAUAGUCAAGUCCGUCUUUGGGCAGGUGAGUGGGAAUGACAAGGAGGGAAACUUUGAAACGGCUCUAACUGCGGAUCCAACGCGCACAGAGGAAACAAAAAAAGUGUGUUUUUAACCCUUUGAAUGCACCAAAUCCAUAUUUAGCUGCUGUCAUUUUUCUGCUGUAAUAGAAGCUCUGCUCUUUUGCUGUGUGGGUGUUUUAUCUUGUGAUGCAGAAGACAAAUUUCAUGCUGAUAAGUGAAUAAAUUCCCAACAGCACCUUCAUGAAUCAGGAAAAUAAAGUGAGAUUUUUAGAAAUCACAAAUUAUGGCCAGAAAAUUCAAUUUUUUUGGUGCUGAAAUAUUUAUUUCACUUACUACUGAAAACCCCAAAAAACUCCAAAUGUCCUUAAAAUUUAACAUUUAUUUAUCUUGUUUGACUCAUUAGAUGUUUUUGUAAACUGAUAAACCACAAGAGGACAUUUUGAUCAUUUAUCGGGCUGUAUUCAGGUGUUUUUUUAGUAAUUUGUUGAUCAUAUUGAUUGAUAGAAGUAUCAUAAAAGUAUGUAUCAAAUAUGAUACAAAAGAAAUUAUUCAGUGGUCUCCCUGCCCAGAAAUAAAGGACGCUUUAAAUCUCUCAGUCUCUUUAGCUCAAAAAGACAAGUGAAAGAGAGCUGCUUCUGCAACACUUGUGCAGAUGCAAAGACUGUUGUUCCAUUCAGAUAUCAUUUCAGUAAAGUCUUAAUGUGGCUUCAAUGCUAUUUAAGACGCUCUGUGAUGUGAGAUGACCGCACAAAUGAAAAACCCUUAUUUUGAAAAGUAUCCUGGUUGUAGCUGGUGAUGCAGUUAGAGUAAAAAAAGGUGAGGGGAACCCCGCAAUGAAACGAGAAAGCAAAUUUACAAACUCAUUAAAAAGAGUUAAAGCCAAUAUUUAUUUAACUAGACUAAAUUGAGCUGGUCUGAUGUCCAUUCUUCAAACUUGUCCCAGUUUUAGAGGGACCGAGUGUGCUCUAAUGAUCACAGUGAAAGUUUGGAGUUGGACUCUUUCAUGUAGCUGGAAAGCUGAUUAGUGGACCCAGACCUGCAGUCACCCCAGUUCACCAGAUUAAAAAUGCAUGCACACAUUCAGUCCAAAUCAGGCUCCAUAUGGAUCUGGUGUCCAUCAGCUUCAUGGUGGUGGGAGGGGUGGGGGGCUGCAGUCUGUCAAGCAUCCCAAUAUGAAAGCAUCCCUUUCUUUGUGUCUGAUACCUGAGCUUCUUAGUGGGUGUCAACUUUACCCUGUGUGGAAAACUUUCUAAUGAUGGGAGCUUGUCACUCUCACCCACACAGACAGAUGCAGGUAAGUAUCCCAUCGACUCCUGAGGGCGUACUUAAAUAAAACUUAACAUGACCCAACUCAAAACUCAUAAAAAAGUGGUUGUGAGGAAAGGUCAGCAUUUGAUCAUUUGGGUUUUUUUUUUUGCGAUAUGCUGCGCUCUGCAACCCUGCACAGAUCUGUGCAGAGUUUUAAUCUACCCAGCUCUCUGCUAUCUUUUCCCCCACUUUCAUUGAAAUCCUUCUCUCAGUGUGAGUGAUAAAAAGCUCAAGAGGAGACAAUUACCUCCCUGAACGCUAAUGUGCUCCAGAAAUAACUCCUCUCAAUCCAGGCCAGAGCUCCAAUCAGUCUUAGGGGGUCCAGCGAGGCAAAAAUCCAUUCAGCGCUGUGCUGCAUGAGGUCCCUGCAGCUGCUGAUGGCUGUGGAGGAAGCAGAUGUUAUGUCAUAUUCAUCAAAAAUUGGGAUGUUUUACACUUUUUAGGAGGAAAGAGAAAUUAUGAAUGUGCAUUUUUGGGACUGAAUCACCAAAUUUGUUGCCUGUGGUGUCCCUGUGACGUUAUCGGAUGCAGCUCCAAAUAGUAAAAUGCACUUCUGAGUCAAAGCCACUCACAAGGAAGACACGGCAAAAGAUUUGUGUGUAUAUAUAUAUAUGUGUGUGUGUGUGUGUGUGUGCGGUAACAGACAGAAAAGGGCAGAAAAGCCAACAAAGCAGGUUGAGAGUGCGUAUUUUCGCAGCCGCUCUACAUCAAACCGCAGCGGUUUCAUUUUAGUGACCACAAUCACAAUACAUGCCUUUAACGCUCUCUGAAUAGAAAUGAUGGCUUAGCACAGAGCGCAGGGGUGAGAUAUUCUACACUACUAAUUCCCUCAUUUCGUAUUUUCUUAUGUAACAUCAAGAUCUGCAUGCGGUCCUUUACAGAACUCACUCCAGUUGCUGCCAGUGGAAGAAGCUAAAAAUAGACCAUCAAGACCUGAUUAUAGGAGACUGGAGGAGUGCAGAGGGGUUUUUUGUGUUUCGUCUUUGUUUGGAAAUGUUGAUCAUUUGGCAGACGUCCAACCUGAUGGGACAAAUUUGAGAAAAGGAGGAAGGUUUACAGCGUGUGAUGCACUUUCAUAUAUUCAUUUAGUGACUCAUGAGGAUAAAUAAAGGCAAAGUGGCGGUAAGGAGAAGGACAAAUGUGUUUAAAGACAUACUGAUCCAUUAAAUAAAGCAUUUUAAUGUGAAAAAUCAGGAAUUGAAAGCUUAUUUGUGCAAAUUCAGGCUUUUAGGUUGUGAAAGACACCUUGGUCAAGGACAGAACACAAGAGUUCUCCCCUAGAAGAAAUUUAGUUCCUAUUUUAAGAGAUCUGAACAACCCCUCAUUUUCCUCAAGACCUUCAAUGACUUUGUUCAACAAAUCCUCCCUGAAAAUCUGGGGAUUUCAUGACAGAGUUCGCACUGAGAACAAAUCUGUUCUACUGCAGAUAAAUGUGUUACUGAAGAGAUGGCAAUUUUCUUUUCAAAUUAAAUUCAGAUUAAAGGAAGUGUGUAUUAAACCAGCAGAGGGAGCAAGCAGCGUUUGUACUAAUAGGCCUGAUUUCAGCAUGUGUGUAUUUGUGUGUGUGUGUGUAAUAGAGACGAAAAGAGUAAUGGCCCCCUUGAGUGUCACAUCAGUGAGACAAGAGACGCGGAAGAAGAAAAGAAAGUGAAGGAUGCGAAACAAUCGCAUAAAUCAGGAAGAGGACAAAGAAUACAAAAGGACGAGAGAGACUCGAUGAUUGUUAUAUAAGACGGAUUCUCACUUCCCCUGCUCUCCGCCUGACACCUCUGAGGACAAUGUGAGGAAAGGUCUUAACACAGAUUAGCCCCUCACUUCCUCGUCUGGUUUUCCUGUUACUCAUAUCACACUUACUGAUAUUUCCUGUCCCCUGUUUCCUCUCCUUUUAUCUCCUUGUCCAAAGUCACCCUUUCCCCCCUCUUCUUCCUCUCUCCUCAGCCAGGGUCACACCGCCCUUCGUGAUGUCUGAGCGUGAGUGAGUGAAAAGAGAGGGAAAAUAAGUAAAAUGAGGAGAAAGAUCUGAGAGCAAAGAGAGCAGCAUCAUCAUGUUCGCAGCAGCAUAUGCCUCAAGUAUGUCUCGAGUGUGAGCGGCUAUUUUUAGACCCGUGUGGAUAUUUUUAUAUCUGUGCUGGCUGAGAAAGAGGUAGAAAAUUUACUCUCUGGUUUAAAUCCCUUUUCAAGGUGGGGAUUAGGAAGGGGAAUAUAAGAGUCUGUGCGAACUCUGCAUAUGUGUGAUGAUGUUAAAUAUUCAUGUAGACCUGAGGCUGAGAGAAAAUCACUGCCAGACAGGGAAACAAGACAAGGAGAAAGGUUUCAGAAGAUGAGAGGGAGGGAAAACAACAGCAGUUUAGCUGCUUGACAUGGACACUUUUCCCUGCGACACGCAGUGACUGAAAUGAAACCCAAAUAUCAGAGUGCAUGCAUGAAAAAUUUGAGCUGUUCUGAUUUAGGUGAAUUAAUCACCGGGAUAAAAGUGUGACGUGUCAGCCUGAGCGCAAGAAUGUGACGCAAGUGUGCAUCUUACUUUCCCUUUUUUUAAAAAACUGCCUGACAGAAAUUCAUGCGCAAAAAAAUCUGCCUUUGUCUCCACAGUGAUGCAAAUUGUGGAAAAAUCACAAUCUGAACAGGGAAUAUUGAGUUUAUUUACUCCUUUGCAAACAGUAUCAACGAUAUUUUACAAACAAGUCUAAAAAUAAGAGAAUACUUCUCAUUUCUGUGACAAAGCAUGAGAGCUUGUUCUAACAUUAGACCUUCCUUCCUCUACAAACAUCUCAGCUCACUGAGCACACUUGAUGGCAGUAGACGACACAGGAUUACAGUUGACUUCGUAGCUGUCAUAAAAAGCACAAGCAUACAAUAAUAUUCCCUCCUUUAGAUCCCGCAUGUGUAACUUCGCUCAGAAUGUAUAGAAAAGCCUUUUUUUUCCAUAAAUCUGUGCUUGUCUCUAAAAAAUUAUUCUCCUAGAAUUAAAUUAAUUUUUGGCUCCAAGGGAAGUCUUGAGAUAUUGUUGGUGUGAAGCAUGGAAGAUGAUAUAUGUAAAAGUGCAAACUGUGUGUCUGUGUGAUCGAAGAGGUUGAGGGUAAAGGAUGCAGCCAAAAAGGGGAAGAGUGGUGGAGAUAUGGGGGGUGGAUCUCAUGCCCGUGCUCGCUAUACGCUGUGACAUUAUGAGAGCUGACGGCCCCUGUGUCUGACGUCUGAUGUAUUCUGAAGUUCACAAUGAGCCUGCGGUGAGAGGCUGGAUGAAUCAUCCGCAAAGCCACACACAGAGGAGGCGCACAGAUAUUGAAUGGAGUGAGAUCUGAAGCGACUCCGCCGUGAACGCGUUUAUUAAAAUGGCACAGAAUAGACAAGGUCGAGCAGGAGAGGGAAAUGAGGAUGUUCCUCAAUGCUGCAAAGGCUGUCGCUUAAGUUACAACAGGAGAAAACGCUGCUGAUGCAAAGUUAAUUUGAGAGUUUGUUAUGUGUGUUGUGACGGUAACAGCAUUAUAGAUAUAUUGUAACUUUACUGUGAAUAUUGAUAUUUAUGCGGAGUGUGGUACAUAAAGAAAGAUUUUAGUUUCACCCACUACAUGGGGAAUUUAUUAAACACACACACAACUUGAAAAUCACCUAACUGUAUCGUUCAAUAUUGAUCUCAUGAUGUAGAAACUUGAGGCCUUCUGUGCAGAAUAAACCCCCCUCAUCACACUCAUCUCCAAUGUUUAAGCUUUACCAACAAGUUACAAAACUUUAGAUUCUACCUCAGCCCAACAGAACUGCCAUUAUCAAAAAACUCCAACUGUCUCUGUGAACUCCAGGUGUGAACAAUGCUCAUACUACCUAGGUUACCACACUUAUGAACCCCAUACUGUGACCAUGGUACUAUAAGGGCACUUUUUUUUUGCGUUACAUUUACAUGUUAUUCGAAUAAAUUGAUUUAUUCCAACUUCAACUACACUUAAAAAACAAAAAACGUAAACACAAUAAGCGGACUGAAACCGCACUGGACUGAACCUCUCAGAGUGUCACUAAUAGGCAGUCUGGGAUUGAUUUUCUUUUCAAUAUUAAACGAUUAAGUGGGACAGAAACUGGCGUUAGUGUUCUGGGCACGCUCCAGUGUUCAUGUGCUGGGUUUUGAUCUGGAAGUUGAAUGGCACAAAUGCGCAAUCAAUGUGUAAUAGUCAUCAAAUCUUAACUGAACAAGAAAAGACAUAAAAAAGACAAAACUUUCCUAUUGUACAGGACAGUAAAAGUGACAAUGAUUUCAUUGUUCAAUUUACAUCUGGUUAGCCACUUGCAAACACCUUUCGCCAAAUGAUUUGUUACAUAAUACGCCAACCAAGAGACGACCAGAUCUGACUUGUUGAACAGCUUGAUCUGACGUCUUCUUCACGUUCAUGUAAAAACUUUGGUGUAUCAAAAGUAAAAUACAUAUAAUACAAUCAGGUCUAACUGGACAGAUUGGUGCGCAUACACACAGAGCACACGUGUGUGGUGUUAGCACAUCAUAACAAGCUAAGUAAGCGUGUGGCUGCCUACAUCAGCCAUGCAGGCAGCCACGCUUACUUAGCUUGUCAUGUUCUUUUACCUGUUUUCAUGUCUUUUCUCCUGAUGUUUUAACUUCAGCAGUGUUUGUUUCUUUUUUUGAUUUUAUUUUAUUUUUUUUUAUUUUUUUUUAAAUUUUAUUUUAUAUAACAUACAAACAAAACAAAAUUUGAUUUCACUCUGCAGCACUUUGGUGAACUUUAAUGUUUUUAAAAUGUGUUAUAUAAAUAAAAUUAGAUUGGAUUGGAUGGCUGAUGUCAAAAAAGAGAAGACGAAAAUAGACAAAACACAAAAACCUUCAGCCUCAGAACUGAUGUCAUUGCAUCUAAUAUUUGACGUGAAUCAUCCUCACUUGUAGGCAAGGCGGAUAAUGCAAAAAUAAAGCUGAUCUGCAGACAUCAGAAAAUGGUUACCGCUCAGUUACAAAGUUGUUUCACCAUUUGUGCAUCAACUGCUGCACAGAAUGUGAAAAGAGUUGACUUAAACUGAACAGCUUUCAAACAAAAACAAACAGGUGUUUGAUUAAAUGCUCUAUAAAGAAAUUUUUGUUGGUAUUAGUAAAAUAUUUUUUUUUCUUCUCAGUUCUUGCUCUGGUGAUUUCAGGUGAUUUUUUUUACUGUACUGGAACAAUUCUAAGUUGAUCGAUAAGUCCUGCUUUCUUACUUAAGUCGUUUUAACCAAUAUCAACACUAACAUUCAAUAUAAUUUUAACAAGACUGAACUAGUGCUGUAUAAGACUGUUAUAAACACACUUUUGUUUUUUUCAUCCGAUCAAAAGAAGAACAGGAUGAAAAAAUAUCACUUGGUGUUGGCAAUAUUCCCUAAAAUAUUAAAGGUAUUACCUUUGUCAACCGCUGAGCUGGAGUAACACCCCAUCAGAUUGAAUUCCUACAUAUCAAUGUACCUAAAGAGCUGUAGAUAAAUCAAAGACAAAAAUACAGUAUUUCUUACUAAAAAUAGUAGAACUGAGGAUGGUAGAGAAUAGAGGAAUGAAUAAAAUACCUCAGGAAAGUGUGAGUGUACCUCUAAAUAAUAGAUCCAUGUACACUCAGUGUUGCUUUUUAAGGAUGGUUUCAGAGGUGUACUAUCUUUGGAAGCACUUACUUUUUUAGAUACAGUAUGUUUCAUUAAAUAUGUGUGGGGAUGAAAGAGAUUUUUUGGCUCAGUGUGUCUGUGUGCGUGUGUGUGUGUGUUCGUGUGAACAUUGGCACGUGCUUUGGUUUGCAUCCUUGGUGGUUGACGCUCCGUGUGUCAUUCAUUGCAUAUUCUGCCUUUGAUCUGAAUCCUUGUCCUUCAAGCUUAGCAUGACUUUGCGUUGCAUCUACAUGUGCGUGUGUGCUCUCGUAUGUUUGUGUUUGUGAGAGAGAGAGAGAGAGAGAGAAGAGAGAGGAGAAGAGGAGUGGAUGCUGGGGGUAGAAUGGGGAGAGAUGUAGAAGAGUAGGGGGCGAAAAAAAGAGGGAUGUGGUGUAUUUUUAGCUCCAUGGUCCCGCAUCCCUGUGUGUUUAAUCAAGUGUAGUUCUGUGUGUGUGUGUGUGUGCGCACUUGUGUACAUGCGUGUGCACACUUGUUUGGAUUAGUGUCUCCAUCGUCUCGCUCGGGGGAAGGUAAUAUGCUUGUCCGAACUGGCUUCUUCUGUCACAUUCGCAUAGAUGGUUUAAAACUGGGGGGCUGAGCGAGAGAGGAGAGAAAGAGAGAGAGAGAGAGGAAAAAAGAGAGAGAGAGGGUAGAAGGGAGGGAGGCAGGGAGGGAAGACAGUGUAGGAGAGAGGAUGGAAUGAAUAAGCAAUCUUUCUUUCCUCCUCUUGGCGCUUGCAUCUCGCUCUGAUCGCAUGCAUGCUUCCUCUCCCUUGCUUAUCUGUGUUGUUCCGAUCCUGUCUUUGUUCUUGUUUACAUAUUUCCUCCUUUGUCUCAGUGUCCCCUCCCCUCGUCCCUCCCAGCGUCCUCGCCUCUAGGUCCUCCCUGUACACUCCUUCGUCCUCUCCUUCCCACCUCCUAUGAUACCUCUGCUCCUCUCCCUGCCUCUCCCCAAAUGUCCUUUUAUAUUAGUCGAUGACCCCGUGAACCCUCUCCCCUUUUCUAAUCACCCCUAUUCCCAUGCAUGCCUGGGAACACUUCAAACACACAUGCAUACACGUGCAGGCACACAUUGCCACACAAACACAGUUAGAGAGAAAAUAUAAAACAAGAAGGAUUUUCUGUUUGCAAUGGGCAACUCUGUAAAGUCGCUUAAAAUUUUCACGAAGAAGGUAAGGUCCGCUUUGAGGCUUCUUCCUGAAUCCCCCUGUGUCUUGGUGCAUGUUUUUCCUCACAGUGUGUCCCUAACCUGACUGACUGGAUCUGUACCGACUGAACCCUUUGUGCUGUCUGACUGAUUAACUAACAGACUGUUUCUUGCAUUUUGUGUAGCUGGAGGUAAACUAUCGGAAGAGUAUUUCAGCCAACACAAGAACUUAGAGUUUGAGUGUUUUUGGCUUUCUUUAAAGGUCAUUCUGCAGGUACUUUACAAGUUGCACUGAGCUUAAUGCAGCCUUGUCUUCUCUUAGAUAUGAAGGUCUUCUAUGUGAAUGUUUUUAAUAUGCAAAAACCCUGACAAACAGCAGUCAGAAGAACCAAUUGGCCUGGACUUUAUGUUCUCUAUCAAGCGACUUACGUGAAUUUCGAUCAUGUCACGAAACUUUAGAAUCACCAGAAGAUGCUACCCUAUUGGACCUGCUGAGGAUUAGCUGUCAGUGAAGAUGUUGAGACAGGUAUGCUGCUUCAACCAUCAGAUUAGCUCAUUUGGCUGCAGGCUUUAACUCUUUCAGCUGAAGAUGAGAAUUUUUCAAUUGAGAUACAACGAAGACGGUUCCAUUUUGCACAGGCUCAACAAGAUAACAUCGGUCCGUAUGAGAAAUCUCUUGCAUCUGCUGUCCUUCAUAGUGCGCUUGAGUAGAUACUCAGUCUAGCAGAGACAUCCCUACAAAUAUAUUUUCUCUUCACAUCAGCAGCUGCACAUCCUUGAGGAAGCUCAAUAUGACAAGCAACUGUUGAUGCCAUCUGUGCAAAAAGUGGGGGGUUGGAUCGCUGGUGAAUUAUUCUGGUUUUCUUUGACACUGCUUCAGGAUUAUUAUUGUAUAUUUUUUUUCAUUAUGUAACUUCGAGCGCAUGGCUUUCCUAGUACUUCUCUGGCAUGAUGUACCCACAGACAGGCUUGCUCCAUGCAUCACUUGGUCAGAUUACCCAGUGGGCAUCCAUUCCUGUGGAGGGGGACUGCAGGAAUGCACGAACUGGCAUGGUAACAGAUGGAGAGAAGGUCAUGUGUAGAGCUUAAAAUACUGUGUUUAUUUGCAUGUGUGUAUGUAUGCAAAUUAAUUCAUGUAGAUGUUUUAUGUUUGCUGUACAAACCAUCUGUAGAUGGGUGCUAGCUCAUGUCUGAGCGAUUUUCAAGCAGAAGCAGAAAUGGUCCUUUGGUAAUUCCCUGUGACAGAGAGGCCACUUCACUCGCUGUGGCUGGAUUUUCCUCCGCUGAGUUGGAUGAUGAACUGCAGUAAUUGAAGACUUGGCGCCAUGAGGGCUUUAAAGACAGUUUGUAUUUGCUUUAAAAUGACGUGUAAUAUAUAGUCAGAACAUUUUUAAUAGAUUGCCUGCAUUUAGCCUCAGAUAUGGCGGCCACGCUCUGUGAACAAGUAUUAGUCAUAGCACAUGGUUGGAUCUUAUUUGGCUUAUUUACAGGAAGCUUAUUAUGUCCACUGCUAGGCAGUGAUUGGCCGUUUUUAAUUAACCUGUGGCUCUCUCAGUAAUUGGGAUCACUGCUGUGAAAGCAUUUUUGCCCCCUGGUUGAUUGGCUAAUUGGUGAUUAUAAUGAAAUGGCUGGCUGAACUUCAGCCUCAUCUUCCAGAGGACACAAUUAUUUUGAAACAUGCACAUAAAAAAUCUCAUCAUUUUUUAGUAAUUUAAAUAACUAACCCAGCAUGAAUCCUGGCACUGGUAAAUACAGUGUCACCAAUCCUCUAAAUACCAACAGACACUUAUUCUGCCAUUCAUACUUAUACAGUUGGACCUAUUGAUCAGACACUCAUUUAGCUAUUGAGGGGUGAACUCAUGUGGGUGCCGUUUCUUACCUCUGAUGAAGUGGAUAGUUCACAAUUAUCCCUGUCUCAACUAGAGUCAUGUUUUGUAGUAGUGGUUAUCAUUGCUCCUAGUUUGGGGGUUAGUGUAGGGAUUAGCACGUUUCAAUAUUACUACAACAAACAUGAAGUGUCAAAUGAUCAUUACAGUCAGAAUUAAGUUACAUUACUUGAGCUAUUCAUGUAAUGCUGCCUUCAAGUUACCUCGGAAGUCAGAAGUCCAAGCUGAAAAUAAUGUCACACCCAAGUUACCUGCGUUUCAGUUACCAAGUCAGAAAAAAGUAAAAUCGGAGGAUGGCUACAUCUACAAAAGUUAUUUUAGCGCUCGCCUUAUAUCUGUUCAAGACAAGCGCUAAAAUAACUUUUCGUAGAUGUAGCCGUCUUGUUUCUGCCUCCAAUUUUGCUUUUUUCCGUCUUUGUAACUGAAACGCUGGUAACUUGGGUGUGACGUCAUUUUCAGCUUGGACUUCUUACUUCCAAGGUAACUUGAACGCAGCAUAAGACCUUAACUCUCCUUAUUCUUUUACAAAUUAAGUUGUGUCUGUGAGUUACUUUACACUUAUAUGAUUAUCUAUAGUCUUUUGCCAAAUUGGUGAUUAAAUCUUUUGAUUCCUGUUAGAGAAGAUGGACAAAACGGCAAAAUUGGUAUCAGACACAGUCCUGGUUCCUCCAACAUUUAAAGGUUGAUAAAACCAAAACUUGAUGGUUUGCUAAUCAUUUAAACCCUUUGUUUAAUUGGAAAUAGAUGACAACAAAUCAUUAAUUGAAACAGAAGAAUCUGGUUUUUGCCUUGUCCUUCUUGUAAAAAGAUUUCUUCUGAUUCUUUAUAUCUGUUUAUGAAAUAAUUUACUGGAGAUGAUAAAAACCUCAUAUCCCGUCUGGAAUGCCUUGACUGACUGUCAUGUCAUUUAGCUGUAUGCAAAUUAACCAAAUUACUUGAGAGAUGUUCCACCAGCUGUUGAUUUUUUUGGCGCUUCACAAUUUUUUUCUGUUUUUUUUUAUUGUCCAUUUCCCAACUUUUUUGAAACAUGUUCAAUAUUCUAACAUCCUCUUUGCUCUGUUAAAAAGUAGAUUUUUUAAAAAGUUAUAGUUAAUAAGCUUAAAGCUAAUUAGUGUUCUCAUUAAAGCCAUGCUAAUUUAGCAACAACUAAUUUAGCAACCUGACUAAGAGGCCAGAGAGGUCGUCUAUCGUUUUAAGAUCAUGUCAGGCUUAUAAGAAAGCUGAUCAAAGGCAUAACCGUUGCUGCUGGAAAGCUGUAUCAUAAAAUUCCAAUCAAGUGUCAGAGCAGAUGACCUGUGUUGAACGGAGCAUUUAGCAAACUCAGCUGACAUCGUGGAUGGCAGUAGUUGCUCUUGUCAUGACAAAUUACAACCCGGCGGGGGUGCUUCCCUCCAUUAUGACUGACCUGACUCCUCACCUCCCUCUGACUGACAGACAUAUGUCCGUCACCUCUUAUCCUGCUUUUGAUCCCCUCUCCUUACACCCCUUUCCCUUCAACCACACCCCCCUUGUUGACUCCAUGCUGCAGCAUUCUUAGUCAUGGUCUCUACCCCUGUCUUUGCCCCUGCUCCCAUGUCCGCCCCCUCCCACCUGGGAUGCUGCUCCAGGACCAGAAGAAGAACUACAAAGCAGUGCAGUCCUGUGAGGAGGGGGGCUCUGGGGGGGCCUAUCUUGAGCCGCUAGUAGCCAUGGCCCAGAACGGAGGCAACAUGCACAGCGUACUGGGGCCUGCGUGCAUCUUUCUACGCAAGGGCUUCGCUGAGAGCCGGCAGGCUGUACGUAAGUCCAGACAACAUCAUGUGCAUGCAAACCAAGUGACUAGCACACAAAACAGCACAUGCACAAUAACAGGCAAAAAAACUUUUUAAUAAUAAUUGUAACCGCAUCACUUAGAGCAUGAACAAAAACGUGACAGCAGGAGGACAUGUUUUCUAUGGAUUCUGGAUGCAAAAGUGUGUAUGUAUGUGUGUGUUAUGCAUGUGGCUGCAUCUGGUACAAAUACAUUGGACAUUUGUUGCAGGGUGAAGGAUGAAAAAUUGGACAGUGAAAGACUGGUGACACUGACAUGAUGAAUUUAUUUUUGUUAAAUUUCAGCAUGGUCUCCUUAUUAAAGAAAAUAUGACUCUUAUCUAUGUGUAAACCUGGCUCUUUUAAUUGUCUGUUUUAUGAUCUUAUAUUGUGGGCAGGGGGUGAGAUUUUGUCAUUUUAAUUCAACAGUCUGGCUAUUAUUAGAGAUGUUGCAUACCUUGCAUCUAUUCAUUGUCUCUGCAUUUCUAAAAAUUCUACGAACAAACUCCCAUCGCCUCUCUACACCUCCCCACAGAAAUAUUAAAACCCUGUGGAUAAUUUUCCCCUUUCUUCAGUGCUUUUUUGUUCUUCAGAGUGUAGCUGAGUGCCAAGAGUCUGCAGAUUUUCUUCCAAAGGUGAUCUCACUGAUAAGCUCUUCCUCUCUGGCUGGAAGGUAACCUGCGGGCUCCUGGCACUCUACUGCGACACAUACCUGUAGUUCCUGAUUUAUUUUUACAGCAUCACAUUGUGAGAGGAAGGCUUCAUAUUGGCAUUAUUUCAAACUAUCAGCAGGAUUUGCUCUGACUAACCUUGCACUCUGAUCCUCCACAGGACCGAGAGUUGAGGCCAGAGGAAAUGGAUGGUAUGUCUGUGUUUGGUCCAUUUUGGGAAAAAUACUGUACAAAAAAAUUUAUCUUACAAUAUUCACAAACAAUUUUCACACCUGUCUUUCUUACAGUCUUACUCUCCCUUUGUCACUUUCAGAGCUGCGUGAGGCAUUCAAAGAGUUUGACAAAGACAAAGACGGUUUUAUUGGCUGUAAAGAUCUGGGGAACUGCAUGAGGACUAUGGGCUACAUGCCGACAGAGAUGGAGCUGAUUGAACUCAGCCAGCAGAUCAACAUGAACUGUAUGUGUGUUUAUUCUCAGCCAAUACUUAGUUUUCAUGAUAUCACUGAAGAGACUAUCAGUUACUAACUUUUGCAGCAAGUAGUGCAUAAAGGAGAUUACCAAGGCUUCCUUUUUUCAAUCUAUCUCGCAGUGGGAGGACAUGUCGACUUUGAGGACUUUGUUGAGCUCAUGGGGCCAAAACUUCUGGCUGAGACUGCAGAUAUGAUUGGCGUGAAGGAGCUGAGGGAUGCAUUCAAGGAGGUAAGGAAACUGGUCAGAAGUUAAAGGGAUAUUCCGGUGCAAAAUUAAUUUAGGGUCAAACACACCUUAACACUGAGUUAGACACCUCUGAGAGAUGAAUGUUGCCGACCGCUUGCUUCUCUAGUUAUACCAACUUUAGAAACGACCGCACAAUAGCAAUAUAGAGAGCCAUGUGCUCAACCAAAAAGCUACUCUAUAGCCGCAAAUAAUGCUCAGCGGCUGCUGGAAGAGAGUAGGUGAAUUGGGUUUAGUCUCUUUGCUAAAGAAAUCAGGCAAAGCUAAAAAGAUGUUUGAUGGCUAGUGCUAUGGCUGGGACCCUAUAUGUACUGUUGAUGAAGUUAGGUGUUGUUCUGAGCAUUAUUUGUGGCUAUAGAGUGGUGUUUUGGUUGAGCACAUGGCUCUCUGUAUUGCUAUCUGCGGUCGUUACCUAAUUUGGUAUAACUAGAGAAGCGAGCGGUCGGUAACAUUCAUCUCUUGAGGGGUUGUCUAACUCGGUGGUACGGUGUGUUUGACCCUAAAUUAAUUUUACGCCAGAAUAUCCCUUUAAGAAAUGUAAGUGAGUACAAGUCAAAAACACAAGUACACCCUAACCAAAGUGCUUUCGGUCAUCUGAUAAGUAACAUGGCCUGCCAAAUGGCUCUUGAUGGCCACUACAUCUUUAACAGUUUUGCUGCCUCUGUUUGCGAGCACCAGGCGUUGGCAUUGCUGAUAAUAACUACCUCACUAGCAGUGGCAAUUGCUCUAAGACUGCAAGGGAAGCUCGGCUUCCCUUAAAAUGUCACCCCCCCCAAAAAAAAGAAAAAGUGUUGAAAUACGUACGGCUGUGUGUACAUUUCAUUAACUAAAUACGCACUAGAAAGCCUUCAUCUUUUGUUCAGACACUGUGAUAAGAAGCUGAUAAUCACAGGUAACCGGCAUAACUUCGUUCUCAUUCACCCUCGCAGCGCCUCAGCGCUAUAAACAGCCGGACGCAGGGCUUCUGCUGACUUCAAUGUGGAAGCUCAAAGUGGGUUGUUCCAGCAGCGAAACUAGACGCUCAUUGGAUAAAUGCUGGGCUUUGUCCCGCCCAUCGGAAGCCCAGCUUCACUGGAGUUCUAUGGCGAGAGGGCGGUCCCGACUUUCUCCCGGACUCCAAGCUUCUGCAUCCAUGAUUGGAUGAGCAGUCUGAGGCGAAAUCCUUUUUUGAUUGACAGCUAAACAAGCGAAUCAGCGAUCUUGAAGAAUAAAACAUCUACCAGAGCAUUUUCCAAGUUAUUCAUUCCGUUGUUCUUAACUGCUCCGGAGACCUUACCGAUCCUCAGCGACUUUUGUCUUUGUUAAAAACGACUGUCGUUGUGUUUGGCGACUCUGUUCUGUUACAUACUAAUAAACAAAUACAAUUAUGAUGUAGGCCAGAAAAAUGAGCUUCCCCUCCUUGAAAGACCAGCAGCCGCCACUGCUCACUGGUGUUCGUCAAAUCAGGCCCAUGGCACUUCAGGCAGGCCCAACAGUUGGUGCUUAAUCACUCCUCUCCAUGCUAGCUCUCACUUCCCUGAUAUCAACACAGGGAGCGAUAAGAAAAGAGAAAAAAUAUAAAAGGACAGGAAAAAAGAAACCAGGGUAAAACUCCUGUGUAGGCUAAAUCUUAUCCUACCGAAUUAGGUUGUACGCUCUGUCUUCACUCUUCUAUCAUUUUAAUAAGGUAAGUUGGUGGGGGGGCAGACCGAAGAGUCUGUAGAGAGAUGAAAGUAAAGGACAGGGAAGGCAGAGCCAGGGCGAGAAACAUGUUCAACUAUAACUCACCCUUGCUAUGUUACGUUAUACACUCCACCUCCCCCUUUCACCUUAGAGUCUACCCUCACUAGAAUGGGCUGUAUGCAUUACCUGUCCCUAUUCCUUUUUUUAUUGAGAAGGAAAGUAUAAUAUGCAAAGAAAAAAAAGAAAGGACUCUGUGGAGAGAUGUUAGAAAAUGAACAGAGAAGACAGAGCAAGGGCUUUGUUUAGGCUACAGCUCAGCUGGAGUUAGACUGUAUGCUCUACCUCCCCCUAAGUCUACAUUUUCAUAAAAGGGAGAGAAAGCAGAGCAAGUUUUGUGUUUACCACAAAGAAGAGAAAAAGAUAGCUUUUCGUGAUAGAUUUGGAUUAAUUUGGAUAAACUCUUCCUGUUUUCCUUUUGUCUCUGUCUCUCAUUCUCAGUUUGACACAAACGGUGACGGCCACAUCAGCACAGCUGAACUCAGAGAGGCGAUGAAAAAACUUCUAGGACAACAGGUACAGAGCUGCUGGGAGAGUCUGUCCCUCUCUUUGUAACUCUCCAUCAGUCAAGAUGUCUAAUCAAUGAGCCACAAGUGUUCACGCCUUUCACUACCUUUACACCCAUCUGACUGUUUCAGGUUGGACACCGAGACCUGGAGGACAUCCUGCGAGACAUUGACCUCAAUGGAGAUGGACAGGUAGACUUUGAAGGUGAAGAAUCCAUUGCAGUAUUUAAAAGCAUACUUAAAAAAAAUCAUCUGACUGUAUGCAGAGACUGGGAACCUGUGGGUGUGUUACAAUUUGUCAGACUCCUAACAUACACUCUCACGCAUUUCAGAGCAUAGGCAAAAAUCCUCUCAUGUGUGGCUGUUAUUCCAAUACCCUGCUGAUAGUGAGGUGAAGGGAUGAAGGCAGUAGGUCUGUCUGUCAGAUUAUCUCAAUACCAAGGGAUUAUGUCACCUCAUAGAUUACCCACUGAGAAAAAGAUGCAAACAGGCUGUCAGGGAAGGAAAUAUCUGAAACCGCUGUGCUGCUGUUAGCAACAUGGUUUCAUGUUUCCUCUACAUUCUGCAUGCAAGCUAUCAGGAAUAAUGUCCUUACGAAAUUUAUAGGAGCGUGAUUGAAAAUGGAGUGUAUAAUUUCUGAGCAAGCAUUUUGGUGAGCCUUCACAGGUUUGUUUACUAAAUACAAAUCAUCUUUUACUCUGAUUCACAGAAUUUGUGCGGAUGAUGUCUCGAUGAGCUUCCCGACAGAGGGGAGAGAGUUAAAACAACAUUGUUGGCAGAAAAAGAAGAGAAGAAGAGUACAGAAUCCUGGUGGAUCUUGAACUUUUGAACUGUCAAUGAAGAAGAAAACAAAAACAUAUCAACCCUGCCCUGAAACUGCCAUGCUGAAACACAAAGGCUGACGACCACAGCCGGGAGUGACACUGUUAAUAAGAUGCAGCUGCUGUUUCUUUGAGCACAAACAAAACCAAGAGCUGCAUUUCUGACUUUUACAAACUAUAUUUUAAGAAAAAAAAGCACAUUUCCUGAAGUAAAACAAUCUUUCUAAUGCUGAUGUGGCUGUUAACUUCAUAGCUCAAGGGUAAUGGGUUUUUGCUCCAACUCUGUUUAUAACUGUAGCAAGUAAUAAAACAUGUUCAGACCUACAGCAGUAUGCCAGCCUAAACCAGUACAGCACAUAGUUUUUCCAGUGCUGAGGGUGUCUUAAGCACAAGUAUAAUAUGGCAAUAUGGGAAAUUUUAUGUGAUCAAGUCAAAGCUGUAUGUUUGUGUUUUUGUGCAGUCUGAUGUUUCUCUUACCCUUUACUGUAAAUUUAAGAUGUCCCUGAGGACUGUCGUCAAACCUGAUUAAGAGAAACUAAACAUUGCUUUGUAAUUAUGUCUAAUGUAGCAUCGAUGCAGUUCCUUAAAACAAUACGACUAUCUUACUGUGGUUUACUGUUUUUGUCAUUCUACAUGUGCAUUAGAUUCUUUCAUUCCUGAAGGAACAUGAGUUGCUCAUUUUAACUGCUGUAAUAGGCAUUUUUUGAUUAACUGUGUGUUUUGCUCGUUUUGAAAAUAAUUGCAUGAGUUUGAUUGAUCAUCUAUACCUGAACUUGCACUGGUAAGUGAUCAGAAGGAGUUUUAUGGCUACUCAUGGGAGAAAGAAGCUUCUUUAAUUCUCACUAGAGAUCUUCAAUGUGUUUUUAUUUGUUGAGGUUUUGUGAGUUUACACUCCACAAAACAGUUCAGAUACAUUUUCAUUUUUACUUACGUGCAACAGUUCAACUCCUGACUUUAUUACCUCAAACUGAAUUGAACAAUCAACCUCAUCCACAGACCACCCCUAGCAUAACCUACCAAAUUAUUUGCCCCUCCCUUCCCUUCAUUAUAUGUAUUUGUAAAGAAACAGGAUAGUCUUAUGCAAAAAAGCCAAAGAAAGUUUACAAAGCAUCCUUUGAGUCUUAUUCGCUGUAGUGAGUGUAUGCAGUAGUCUACGAAACACGAUCCAUGCGGGGAUUAUAUUUUUCAAAUGGCUGCUGGAUAGGGGAGGUUAUGCAUGCUGUCAAGAUAUUCUGCUAAAGGGAAAGGGUAAAUCUUACUUUAGUGAUUUGACUUGUCUUUACUGUGUAAAACUAUGCAUGCUAGAAACAACUGGAAUUUGUAGCAAAAUAUAUUUAAAACAAUAAUAAUAAAAGUUUUUAACAGAA